CGGGUUACUUAUAGUGACACCGAGGAAUCGCGUUAGUCACAUCAAGUGAAACUGCAAGAGCAACACGAUGUUUUCGCAUCGAGGAUUAUUCUUAGCAGUGACAAUAAUCUCGUUGGCAAGUAUCGCACUUGCUGACGUCCUUGUUCAACCCAGCUACGAACAUCAAUACUAUAGCAAUCCACGCUAUUUGCAACAUCAGUCGACUGUUUCGCAGCACUCGAUACGAUCUCCUGAACAAUAUCGCACGGAACAAUUACCGAACCAGGAAUCGGGAGUUCAGACGCCGGUGUAUCCCUAUCAAUGGAACCAAGCCGAUGCUCGUUCACAUGUGUUAAGCUAUCCACAUCGUCUACCAUACCACCAUUAUUUACCGAGGCCACACCAUGUGCAUUUCGCAAGAAUAGGAGGUCAUGGAUAUGUACGGCCCUCGGUGUAUGUCGGCCAUCCUCAAUCUUUGGCAGUACACAACCGAAGGAAAAGAUCACGCAGAUCGGAUCCUACAAGCACCGAAUCCAGUAAAUCUGAGGUCGUUGCAUAUGACAAUGAUGUGGCCGCGAAGUCGCCCUUAACUGACGCCAAGGAUCCUACAACCGUCGACUCGUUACUUCCAGAACAUGAGCCUACUGAUACUACUGAUAAGCGUGUGGAGAAUCGUCAGAUCAAGAAUGACUACAUAACAAAUCCACGUUUAUUCGGUUUUUAUACAGAAGACACGCACCCUGAACAUGCAUACGACAUUCCCAACACAUGGAAAGAUAUGAUUAACCAGUAUGAUACAAAUCGUCAUACGCAAUCUCCGAACGUCGCGCAAGGCGAGGCAUGUAGCGACGAUUCACGCAUCGUUUACAAUAGACCUUUGAUGAGAUUCGCGCAAUCUUCGAGUUCGCCGAAAUCGCACGAUAACGAUUAUGGUAGUAAAUACCGAGACAAUGGAUCAGACAGUGCAUCAGACACUGUGAAAGAAACGGCAAAAUGGUUUGGAGGCCACCACGAACCCGAAAAGAUAUCUUUGCAGGAAAUCACAAAUAUGAACAUGAUCGACACGGCAGAGCCAAGCCAGGACAAGAUAUUACAAAUUCCUUUUUACUCUGAAGUGACACCGAAAGCUUCCCAAUACGCCGAUACGGCGGCAACACCUACUUCUGUACAAUUUCAACCACCUUUCGUUACCUAUGUGCAAAAUCCAUACAGAAGUAACGAAGAAUCAUCGGCAACCAAUGAGAUUGUCGGUGCGCCAUGUGACACAAAUGACAGACCGUAUAAUUAUAAUUUGAACCCAAAUUAUAAUUUGAACUAUUUAUAUAAUUAUCCGAGGUAUUGGAAGAAGGAUUGGGUCAAGGGCGAGGGAAUUCUUUAUCCAACAUUUGUGGAGGAUUUCUUCGGGCUCAAAAAGAUAAAUGACACAACUUCUACCGAUGCUUCAAAGCACACCCCUGAUCGAAAUAAAUUCUAUCCUACCUACGGGAGAACGCUCGAAUAAGUGUCAAAGACGAAAGAUUCAAGGACUACAAACAUAUACACUACCAUUUGAAAUGUUUCCUGGUAUGUAGAGUUUUCGGGUAGUAAAUGUUACAGAUAUGACUGUGUUACCAAUUUCUGCUACGUUACCUUGAAGCAACGAGUCGAUUGAUUGAGUUUUCAUGUUCUAUUUAUUACACUUAAUUACUAUUGUAUCAUGCACGCAUAAUUUUUUAUAAAGGUACAUUUCUUCUUAAACUUCGUCCGCUCGGUAGUCGAACUUUUAUAUACGAUUUUCUACGUAAGAAAUAAAAUGUUUCAUUUCGAUAUA